AUGUGUCUAAAAAUCAUCCUUAAUUCAACAUUUUAUUUUAUUUAUUUAAAAAAAUAUUCUUUCUUAAUGAUUAUUUUUUUAAGUUUGUUAACAAUAUUUCAAUAUCAUCGAACAGAUGUUUUACAUACAAAUAAAAAAAUCGAUUACGAAUUAUCUCAAGCAAUCAAAAUCAAUUCAAAUUUAUCAAUUAGUACAACAGAUAAUUCAACUUAUUUUAAAAAAUGUCCAAAAGAUAUGUCUUUUUUUGAUCAUAUUCCAGUUCGUUCAAAUGAAUUAAUAAAUAUGAUAUCACUUGUAUUACAAUCUCAAUCAUUAAUGUAUUGUCCUGUACCGAAAGUAGCAACAAAAACUCUUCUCAAUGUUAUACUUUAUAUUCAUGUACGUGAUUUAAUUAAUAAUCUGAAUAAUAAUUGGACAAAUAUUGAUAAUACUAAAGCGAAAAUAGAAAGAACGAUAAAUAUUUCUAAAUUUAUUGAAGAACUUCGAGCUCAUGGAGUCAUAAUUCCUAAACAAGAAAAACCAAAAUCUUUGUUAGAAUUUCUUCAUAUGUAUUUAAAUAUUCUUCAAUUUGGUCAAAUUAAUAAAAAUUUUCCAUCACGAUUAAUUAAUCCUUGGAGACUUAGUUUUACAUAUUCAUUUCCAUAUUUUCGUCUUCAAAAUCUUUCAAGUUUAUCUCAAAUUUUUUCUUCAUCAUUUACUCGUACAAUAUUUGUUCGUCAUCCAUUUGAACGUUUAGCAUCAGCUUAUAAAGAACG